GCGCAAAAGCCACGACCAAACAUAUCCCUAUUAAUUAAAUCCACAGGCACGGCUGUGUGAUGCCCCUAACAAAAAUGUCAGCUAUCAGACCUCAGAAGGAAACAAUCCAGCCAAUCAGGAUUCGCUUUAAAUGCAAAGUAACGCAAAACGGACAAUGGGACAGUGAGACUUUAGGAAGAGCGUGAAGCCUCGCCGCUAGAGGGGGCGGGGUCAGGAGAGCCUAAUUUUCGUCACAGGGUGUACUGUAUAGCAGUUAUAUUGCACCAUUGCCUGAAUUGUAAAUAUAAAAUUGGUGGAUUUAUGUGCUUCUGAAGUCCCAAGAUCAUAAAACAGGCAGUCUGCGACAUGACCCUGACCAGAGGAUCCUUCACCUACUCCAGCGGAGAGGAAUAUCACGGCGAGUGGAAAGAAGGUCGAAGACAUGGUUUAGGACAGCUCCAAUUCUCUGAAGGGACAAGCUACACAGGACAGUUUGAGAAUGGCUUGUUUAGUGGCUGUGGGGUCCUAGUCUUUCCUGAUGGUUCAAGAUACGAGGGAGAAUUUGUGCAGGGGAAGUUUCAAGGAGUGGGAGUCUUUACUCGAUUUGAUGGAAUGAAGUUUGAAGGGGAGUUCAAAGGCGGACGUGUGGAAGGAUAUGGGCUGCUGACCUUCCCCGACGGCGCCCAUGGCGUGCCCCGCAAUGAGGGUGUGUUCGAGAACAACAAGCUGCAGAGGCGAGAGAAGUGCCAAGCCGUGAUCCAGAGGGCACAGGGCUCGGCCGCCGUGGCCCGCGGGCUGUGUGUAUGACGGCAGCGGGGGAGCCCAGGCGCCUGAGGGCCUCAGGGAUGGAUGACGGGGUCGCUCCCUUCUCUCUUUUACCUGGUUUUCAUCCCCCGCCUCGGGCUGUGCCUGGGCUCGUUCCCCCAGCGCUUCUGGCUUCGUCUCAUAAGCGCUCGGCGGUCAAUGCAGGCGCCGCGGCCUGGGCGUCUCUGCAGUUCAUCCUUCAUAUUUCCUCCGUGCCGGCAGGCGGGCUUCAAGCCCAGCCUGCCAUGGGAUUCCACAGGGCUUUGCUUCUUAGGGAGCUUUUCAGUCCACCACAGUGCUAUGCCUUGUCAUAUCAAGGACUCCUUCUCAGUCCUGAGGUAGGAGAAAGCCGUCUUAACUGGAUUGUGCAAUUCUACACACUGCCUCUGCCUCCCGACCCCGCUGAAUGGGUGGAAGGGCAGUAGGAGGGCUGUCAUCCGUCCCUGAUUGUCGUAUAGCAAUCGCUGACAUCCACACUGCUGGAGCCAUUCCCUUGUUCUGCCGCUGUGCUGGGGCUGGUAGCUGUGUGAUAACUGAACAACGCCAAGUGCCUGCAGUGCCCUUUGGGGCUCCUCCUGUUCAGUCUGACCUCUCAGAGUGGAAAUCAUUUGCACGUGUGAUUGGAUUUGCCGGGCCAGGAUUUGGCUAGUAAAAGGAUCGCUGUCACCUGGUCAGAAAGGGGUUAGAGUGGACCUGGCCGCUCGCACCCGGACCACUUGACCUGACGUGAUUUCGUGUCAACAGGAAAGCGAGCAGUGUACAGUGUAAGUGGGCAUUUUUUGCCUGAUGGACGCUCUUGGCCACUUUAAUCGGUUUCACAUGAGUUUGUUUUUUGUGAAAAAGAGAUGGCUUGAAAUAGCUUGCUUUAUGUUUUAUGUUGGCAAUAGAAACAUGCUUUGAACAUUUUAAUAUGAUUGUCACCUGUAUCACUUUUGCCUUAAUAUUGUGUUUAAAAAUUAUAUGAUUUGCUUAUAGUUAAGGAACUCUUCAUGAUUUCCUGCUCUACUCUGGCCUUUGAAGCAUGCAGGAAUGGGGAAUGCAUGGAUAAUUCUUGUCCAGGCUCAACUGAAGAUUCUUUGUUUUAGCCUAAUAUGCAAAAUGUACUACCAUAAUUAUUAACUAAACCGAAAGUGUUGCCUUUAUAUAUACAGGGUGCUCAUAUAGGCCAAAUAUUUGUGACACGAAGGGACAAUAUUAAGUAAAUUAAUUACUUUGAAUCAGAAAUCCAUUACAUAACUGCCCUGUAAGACACUUAAAAUGUAGGUUAACAGGAAUUUCCAUAAAUGUAUAUAAACUAGAAUGUAUUGUAAUAAAACAUUGCAUAAUUCCAGCCUGUUUUAGAAUGUAAGAUAUACACCAUAUCAGCAGAGGAAGAAGCAGUCUACUGAAUUAAAUUUAAUAUCAACUAAAUUUGAAGGAUUGCAUUACACAGUGUGUAAAAUAGAUAUUUGAAUUGACUUUAGGAGAGAAUUAUAUCCUAUAAUUUGUUUUGAUGUUAUAGUCUGAAUUCAUCAAUCAUUUCAGAUUUUUUUAAUGUAGAUGGUCGAUAAGUCAAACUAAGAUUCCUGUAGUCCUUUCGUUGAACAGAGUUCGCUUUUGACCCGGGAAUGUUCCGGUUGUUCUGUAGUGCUUAAUGUGGAAGAGUGCUUUAUGUUGGCAAGCUCAAAAGAUGUUUAAUUAUACAUUGCUUAUGUACUUCAGCAACAUGCUUCAUACCAAGAGAACAGACCAUCAUUCACAGUAUGGAUGUACAGUAGUUGCAAGUAUUUUAAAGUGUAUAAAGGCGAAAUGCUAAACAAAAAUGAACGCCUUUAUACGUUUUCUCUUUAACAGAAAAGAGAAAGUGUCAUAAUACAAUUGAGCUGCAAAAUUGUAGUUCUUUGCACCUUGCACGCUUUAGUAAGCAUUACUUAAUAACCAGAGCGCCACAGUUAUCCUUGAGCACAGCUUGUAAUUGAAUAUGCAUAACAAAAAGAAAAGGGACUCAUUGCAAAUUAGUCUGCUGCAAAUAAAGACUCAGAAUGAAUUAAAAUUCAUCAGUGUGGUAUACUGCAGAUCAGGGAUUCAUACUGUAUAUUGCUGCCCCUCCAUUCCACUGCAUUGCAGAAAUGUCUAUAUUUUAUUAAAUUAAAUCAAGGGUUCUAAUGUUAAAACUGUGUAUCUCACUAGUAAGGCUUCUUUUAGAAUAUUGUGUAAAAUUUUGGUCACCACAUAAUAGACAGAGAAGAGUAACCAGAUGGAUAAGAAUUUAGCUGAUUUUAGGAUUAAAGGAGUUUCUUGAACUGACAGGGAUCAGCCCUGUUAUCUGCAAUAAUUAACCUCACAUUAAGCGCAUGCAUUGUAGAAAAAUUUGUAGGUGAUCUAAGUACCUUACAGAAUGGCUGUACUAAUGCAGCAGUAAUUAGCUCUGGGGGGCUGUAAAUUAGCAUUAUACAUUUGUUUAUACUUACAGUUUUGGACAGAUUUGAAACUGACAAUAUUUGUUGCAUUUUAAUGCCUUUGUGUUGAUCUGUUUUUAUCAUUUAUUGACUGAACAAGCAAGUCUGUGAGGCAAAAUGAGUUUUCCAUGUCCUUUCACUAAAAUCACAAAACACACACACAGAUGCAGAGAAAAGAGUAAAGGCGACACGAGCAAACCACCUUAUGCAGAAAGAUCUGAACCAGGAACUGUAAGCGGUUUCCAUUCUCUCAUGUUUUGGGAUCUUAUUGCUCCUUCCAGUCAGCAUAAAGUUUCACCAGGAAUGAAUCACCAGACAGCUGCUGCUUAACUCUAAGACCUGUGACAGUCUUGCUCGAGUAAAUGUAGUGCUAGUCAAGACAAAAAGAAGUGUUGAGCUAAAGGAAAUGUUUGUAAUGUCAUAAAGCUAGUGACAAAGAUCUGCCAACUAAACUCAGUCUAUAGGGCCACAUUAGGAACAGAUGCCCUGUUAAUUGCUAUUCAAGAACUCCUUAUCUUUAUGUAAUGCUUUUCAUCCCAAAGGAUCCCAAAGUGUUUAUACACAUAGAAGGGGCCCCCAAUCAUCCCCCUUUGCAGCACAGCCUCACUGCACAGCAGAUGAGCUGGAAAAGCGAGACAUGACUUCACGAAUUAUAUUAGGGGGAAGAACGUGAAGGAGGGUACAUCAAGUCCAGAGUGCAACGGGCCAUGGGAUCUGUAAAUAACAGAUAGGUCCUUGUUUUAACAUCUCAACUCAAGGAUAGAACAUCCUUAAAGCAAUAUGUCCCAGUUAAUCGCCAUGGGGCACUGGUUUGGACAUAAGGAAGAAUGCCACCUGCUGGUCUACCAGUACCAUUUACUGAUCUCCCAUACCAGUGCUGAUCAUUUCCGGCCUUGCUUAGCGAAGUAGAAAGAUGUGAUAAAAGAUGGCCUAGUUGAACAACAUCAGGCCAACCGCCUCCACACCUUCCACAGUUUAAAGAUGACACCUGCCUGGUCUCAAUGUGUAAAUAAAAGGGAGACCAAACCUAAAUUCUUGUUCGACUAAGCAGUUAUUUAUAUGUGCAGUGGCAGAGAAAUUUAAUAGAGAUUAUCUACCGAACCUCGUCUUAAUGCCAAGUCAUAAUGUGCAACUUUCCCCCAGGUACUGAAAGCCUUUGCACAUGAGUGAAAUAUCCCAAAAGCCUUAAUUAUACACCUUCGUCCCACCAGUGCAGUUCUUCAGAACACAAAGACCUUCCAUUUGAGUCUAACUGGCAGUAUCAGUAAAUUGCUGAUUUUAAACCCCUACACAAGUUAUAAAAGCCGUCAGCCCAAGCAUGAUUGGCCUCAUAACUAGCUCUCAGCUGUGCUGCACUCCUGCUGCUGACAGCAAAUAUGCGUUGAGAGUGUGUGUAGAGAAGGGUGUGUGAGCAGGGAGGGGGAGGAGGGGUAGGAGCUCGUGCCCGGCUAACAGGGCACAGCUAUCCAUAGCCACUCAAGGUCACGCUUCCCAUAAAGAACGGCACUUAGCACAAAGCAAGGCGCUUCUUUUUAGCAACACUGCUGAGAACUGCAGGAGUGGGAGACAUGAACUACUACUCCUUAAUUCUACCUUUUGUGAUUGCAGUGCCAGACAUUCAUCGCUGACUCUAUAACAUAAUAAAGCCUAUUCAUAAUCAAGUCUCAAUGAUGAACAGAAAACGCUCGUUCUUUGAUGAAACUGGAUUAGGUUUUUCUUACAAUAUUUUGAAGUACGUACUUUAUUUGAGUUGUUUGUAAAAUGAAAAAAUAAUUUCUAUUGUCCUUCCCCUAUACUAGAAUAAAUUCAGACAAUGCCUUAUGCAUAUAAAGAAAACCCGUAAGGACUAUUCCUCUUCUAAAAAUCCAAUUCCAUCCAUCUGAGUUCUGCUAAUUCUGAAAGGCAGAUAUAGUACCUUCAUCCUUGGCCUUUGGAUCUGAAAGACAAGGCUCCAAAUGUGCCUGUAAAUGAGGUUUUUCCAAGUCAUGCUUUCCAGCACUGAUGCGUUCUGAUGACAUUUUUGAAAUGACCCAUCACUCAUUUCAACUCUUAACCUCCUCUCCUGCAGAAGACACAAUACUGUAAAUGAUCACACCCAAAGCGAGAAUUGUGAUAUGUGGAACUUGUGUUCCCAGUUCAGAUCUCUUUCAAAGGUGGAGGGGGGUUUGCCGAUCAUCAGAGAACAUUUGAUAUCUUUAAACGUGACCUAAAAAAAACCCCAGCUCUUCAAGGUCAUUUUUUUAGUAGUGCUUUUUUUAUUGUUGGUAAGUUGCAGAGAACCGCAGCCAACAUUUUUGUUUUUUUAUAAACAAAUUUGCUGGAAACGGUGAAUUUCCAGAAGCUGAAAACUGGUAAGAGCCUGCUUUAAGGAGGGUAGGUCAUGCACAAUGCAAACAAGGGAGUUAAAAAAAAA